GUGUCCCUCGGACACUGAUCACGGAAAGAGCCGAAGAUGUCGAUCCGGUCACGUGAUCAGCUGUGUCCAAUCACAGCUGAUCACAUGGGACAUGUACACUGAUCAUCAGGGCACUGAUGAUCAGUGUGCCCUGAUGAUCAGUGUGGCCCCAGCAGCGCCACCUGACAGUGUCCAUCAGUGCCAGCAGUCAGUGCCACAUAUCAGUGCCUACCAGUGCACAUCAAUGCCACAUAUCAGUGCCCAUCUGAGCUGCCUAUCAGUGCCACCUAUCAGUGCCAGUCAGUGCCACCUAUCAGUGCCAGUCAGUGCCGCCUAUCAGUGCCAGUCAGUGCCUAACAGUGCCGGUCAGUACCACCUAACAGUGCCAGUCAGU